AUGCGGCUUACGCCCGUUCUCCUCGUCGCGGGCGCAGGCGCCCUCGGCGUUUCUGCUUCCGCGAACGCGCACUCUCAGCCGCACCACCAGUCUCCCGCUCAUCUGCACGACAAGCGCACCUUUGGCCUCCUCUCCGGCCUCGGCUUCGGUUUCGGCGGAGGCAGCAGCCGCCCCUCUGCCUCAUGGCGCUGCGACGGCUCGGGCAAGGACGGCUACAGCGUCGACUGGCUCGGUCUCGGACGGCCUUUCUGGGUUCCGGAAGGCUGGCUGUACUUCGGUACUAGCAUCGGCUGGGCGCCUCCCGCCGGCUGGGAAUGCUCAGCGAGCUGGAGCAUUCCCUCGCUCUUCCUCAACAUCGUUCACGAGGUAACCUGGUGGCAGCCUUCGGACGCCUGGAUUGGCGCUCACAUCGGCGUCGACCUUGGCUUCACCGCUCCCUCCUGGUGGGGCAUGAUCUCGCUCCCUGCGCAGGGCUGGAAGUGCGACGGCUCUGGCAAGGACGGAUGGUCGAUCGACUGGCAAGGUAAAGGUCGUCCGUCGUGGGCUCCCUCGGGUUGGCUCUGGUUUGGCUCGUCCAUCGGCUGGGCUCCUCCUAUCGGCUGGUCGUGCGACGCCUCCUGGUCGCUCCCGUCCGCCUUCGUCGACGUUUGCGGCAGCGUUUCCUGGUGGAAGCCUCCCUCGGCAUGGAUCGACGCUCACGUCGGCGUCGACCUCGGCUUCACCGCUCCCUCCUGGUGGGGUGUCAUCUCGCUCCCUUCGCGCGGCUGGACGUGCGACGGCUCGGGCAAGGACGGAUGGUCGAUCGACUGGCAAGGUAACGGUCGUCCUUCGUGGGCUCCCUCGGGUUGGCUUUGGUUCGGCGGGUCGAUCGGCUGGGCUCCUCCCGCAUCCUGGUCCUGCUCCUCGACUUGGCAGAUCCCCUCGCAAUGGUCGUCGGUGUGGCGCGUCUCCUGGUGGCAGCCGGGCGCCGCCUGGCUUACCUACCACCAGAAGCAUGACUUUGGCUGGUCAAUCCCAAGCUGGUGGGACGUCGCCUGCUUUGUCGUCCAUCGUCCCUUCGACUACGUCUCGCGCUCCUUCGACUACGUCUCCCGCUCCUUCGACUACGUCUCGCGCUCCUUCGACUACGUCACGCCCCGCCCAGACUACAACAUCCCUCCCGACCACUACCUCACCGCAGAAGCCGUCAACCACGCUCAAGACAUCGUCUUCUGCUUCGUGCACGUCCUCGACGAAGGCUGCCGCGACCACGACGCGCAAGGCCUCGACGACGACGCACAAGGCUUCGAGCUCGACGCACAAGGCUUCUUCGACGAAGAAGGUUUCGACGACCAGCAAGAAGCCGUCGACCAAGACCUCGCUCCCGGCCAGAUCGUCACAGUUACCGAGACGCACAACCUUCCCCCUCCUCCGGCGCCGACCAGCCGUCCCGGUCAGGGCUGGGAGUGCAGCGGUUCGGGUGACGACGGCUGGGAUGUUGACUGGCAAGGUAACGGAUGCCCGUCGCACCUUCCGAGCGGCUGGAAGUGGUGGGGAGUCUCGAUCGGCUGGGGUCCUUCGAAGGGCUGGGACUGCGGCUCGAACUGGACGCCGUCACCCGCAGAAGUCGAUUCGUGCUCGAAAACUCAAUGGUGGACGCCACCUCCCUCGCUCCAGCUUCCUUCCGGCGUCGAGUGCCCCGCCGGCUGGAUUUCGAUCGGAUGGAUCGACCAACGCAGGCCGUCGGCGUCGUGGACUUGCGACGGAACCGGCCGCGACGGCUACGACUUCGACCACUUUGGCAACGGGCGUCCUUCGUACCUCCCCGUCGGCUGGAAGUGGUUCGGCCAGCUUCACGGCUGGCAGCCUUGCUCUUCUUUCCAGCUUCCCUCGUCGACCUGGUCGCCACCCUCGUCGUGGAACCCGAACCUCGCAGUCUGGUGGCAACCUCGCGCCGCUUGGACUCUCCGAGGCAACUUCCGCUGCCCUCGUUGGUGGAACCGCGGCCAUCUUCGUGGCUCGUUCCGCUGGUGGUAG